AUGGCCAACAACGUGUGCGGUGUCGUCCAAUUAGUGGUGGACAAGCUCGGCUUCGAAAAAAGCCGAUCAUUCAAGGGGGUGUCGGCCUCCACGGUAGAGAACCUCUCGCAGGACCUCAUCGUAUCAUUACGUUUGGUUGCCUCCGCCGAAGCGAAACAUUUCACCAACGACGACCAAUUCCGCCAUUUCCGAGAUUUCCUCUUCUACUUUUCCAAAGACCUCGACGAUUACAUCGAGUUAGUCAAAUCCGGCCUUGAACACGUGAACCCGAUAAACAUCUUAGAGUCGAAGCUCGAGACUUUCAUCUCCAAGAUCACCGAUUCUCUCACCCUGGUUCGCCAGAGCCCUCUGCUCGAUCAGGGUUCUCAAUCCAGGCCCGAAGAAGAAGAAACGUUCUUGUUCGGGCCGCCAGAGAAAGAAAUCAGGGAACUCUUGCUCCAGGAGAGCAUAGAGUUCCCUGUCAUCUCUUUCCAUGGCAUGGGUGGCAUGGGAAAGACGACUCUGGCGGGCGCGUUGUACAACGACGCGGGUGUACGCCGGAGUUUCCAAGCGUUUGCUUGGGUUAAUUGCGCCCGGAAGGAAUUCUACGCCAUUACGGUGGUGAAGUCUAUACUCGGGCAGCUUCUUCCACGCCAGAAAAAAGUGGUCGCGGGGUUGUCAUUUUUGGAUUCGACGAGGAUGCUGUACCGGCUGCAGCAGAAGGUCAAAUGCCUGAUUGUGAUUUGCGAUGUGAGGACGAGGGAGAAUUGGAGAAACAUGCGCGUGGCUUUCCCUAUCCGGGACGAGACCCGGACCCAGAUCCUGAUCACGACCCGGAUCGAAGAGGUGGCCGCUGACUGCCGGCAGAAUGGCAAAUUGUACGGAAUGAGACAGCUGGAUGCUGACCGGAGCAACCGACUCUUUAACAAAAUUGCAGGCGGCACUACCAACCUCAUCCCGCACUGUGUCGACAAGCUUCGGAAGGAAAUACUGAGCCGGUGCGGAGGCUCCCCACUAGCCAUUACCAUCGCCGCCGGAUAUUGGAACUCUAUUACGAACAAGGACGAUACGACUUUCGAUCCAAACAAAGCGUUCGACGAAAUUAACUUGCAUCAAGAUGAAACUGCAGACCCGGAGCGUAGCCUUAGAAGUAUGCUGCAGUUAUGUUACUCCAACUUACCCCUCCGCCUCAAGGCGUGUUUUCUCUACCUAGCACAGCUCACCCGUUCCGACAGAUCGGAAAUACGAGUGGACGAAAUUUACUUACGGUGGAUCGCUGAAGGCCUUGUAGUAAUAUCCGAAGAUGAGUCCGCAAACACGACGAAGACGGACAUAACCGAAAACUAUUUGUUGGAAUUGGCUCGGAGAAAUAUGGUCCGGCUCAAUGGGGAAGAAUUAGUAAAAUCCUGUCAGAUUCACCCUCUCGUACGUGAUUUCUGCGUCGAUCAAGGAGAGAAGGAGAAAUUAUUCGAGGUCGUCGCGGGCCGGGGAUUCGCCACGGCCGUAAUACCGAAAUCUUUGGCUAGUGGACUAACAAUAGAAAUGAACGCGUAUUGUGAAGAUCGAGCUGCCGUACCCGCCGUCGUCCCGCAUGGCGGAGGGAAUAGCAGAUGCUCCUCCCUCUACUUCAUGGACACGGUCGAGCCGGUAGUGGAUUACGCGGCCGCUGAUUGGAGACGCGUGGAGGUAUUCGAGGUUAAGGAGUUCAUGAAGCGGGUAUUAAGAGUGGUGGAAUUCGACGGAGUCGAUUUCCGGUUAUGGAAGCUUCCGAAAGGGAUGGGGAACCUUGUGUUCCUCAGGUAUUUGAGUUUCAGGAGAUGCCACCUGGAGGAGAUUCCUUCGUCGUUGGGGAACCUGUCGGAAUUGAGGAUUCUUGAUUUACGCGUACGAGGACACUGCCGAGUUACGAUACCGGAUUUACUGUGCAAGUUUGCGAAAAUCGAGCGUUUGUAUUUCCCGGCCAAGUACCGGAGCGGCGCCGAUCACGGCAGGCUGAACAUGCGUGGGUUGACCGAGGUUGAAAUACUCGUCAAUUUCGACACGAAAGUUUGCUACACCGACCACCUCGAGGACAUGAAAAAGCUGCAACGGUUCGACGUUGUCGUGGAGGACGACCACAAGGCGUUGGACAAGGUCGUCGACUUUGUCGACGAUGUUGUAUCCACGACGAGUUUCUCACUCGACGUCAGAAACUUCACCUGUUAUUCGGACGAAAGAAUCUCCGUCCUGAGAAAAAUGCUGGUGUGCGAAUCUCUUCGUAAAUUGCAGCUAGAAGGGCACAUCAAGAAGUUUCCGGACAAUGUGGUCGGGAUAAUGUUGGCAAAUGUGGAAGAAAUCGUGCUCGACGGGUCGGAGCUGAAAGUGGACCCCAUGCAGAGAUUAGGGAAGCUUUCGAAGCUGAAGAGUCUCGACAUGCGCAACGACGCAUUUAUAGGGAAGGAAAUGGUAUGCCACGGAUCCGAUUUUCCCAAUCUGAAAAGCUUUAAAUUGGUGAACUUUCACUACUUGGAAAAGUGGACUGUGGAACCAGAAGCUAUGCCAAAAGUUUCGACUAUGUGGAUCGAAAAGUGUUCGAAAUUAAGCUCGACGCCCGCCGGCCGGUUCGAGUUUGCUCAUAAUAUCAAUAAUGAAUUGAAUAUCGUCUGCUGA